GCUGCACUUGUUCUGUUAGCAGUUUGCAGCGGCCAUUUCAAAGACACCAUCACAAAGACAAGAGAGAGAUCAGAGAAGCACCGGUUCCCAAGAUGCUGGCACCUUGCCUUCUGAGAGGAGCGGUCCUUACAGUUCCUUUAGUUUUUGUAGUUGCACUGCUUCUCGCAGAGCCUGUUAGAUCUGAUCAAGAAGCGGGAACAGCCAUACCAGCUGAAAGUCGUCCCUGUGUUGAUUGUCAUGCAUUUGAGUUCAUGCAGAGGGCUCUGCAGGAUUUAAAGAAGACAGCAUAUAAUCUAGACACACGGACAGAAACUCUGCUUCUUCAGGUGGAAAAGAGAAAUCUGUGCGACUGUGUAACUGCAAAUCUGCUGAACUGAAUCCUGGAGGCCAGCUAAGGAGUAUCAUCUGUUCAGCGUUUUUUAAAAUGCAGCUGUAUAAAAUACAGCUUUAUGGAGUUCAUGUUGCAAGCAUGUAUGCCCCAAUCUACUGAGGAAACUGGGGAGCUGUGUCAUGUAUUUGUCUGUUCUGUUUAUUUUUAAAAGAGUACCCUCUUUUCACAUCUGCUGGGUCCCCAGUAAGGGCUCGGAUUCAGUAAAUCUGCCACGUGGUAUUAGAGUGGGGGAAAAAUUUACCUGCUUUGAUUUUUAAAUCAGAGUUGGCCAAGUGUAACCCACAGGAUAAAUAUGGCCAGCAGUGCUCUAGAGACACUUGCAGCUGUUUUUUAUCUCUAAUAUGAACAUAUCUCUGUGGCAACUUACCCAGUUAUAUUGAGACAGGGCAUUGUGGUCUCUGUAGGCUUUGCUUGUGUAUUAAAGAUGAUGGAAGUCCUUU